AUGGACGAUGGGCAAAGCCUCCAGUACAUCCGUGCAUGCAUGAAAGAAACACUUCGAUGGAUGCCAACCACUAUCCUCGGAGCCGUAUCGCAUGCAGUUACUCGGGAUGAUAAUUACAACGGCUACCUUAUCCCAAAGGGAGCUGGCGUCCUGAAUAACGUCUGGGGAAUUCACAUGGAUCCCGAGCGCUUUCCCAACCCUCGCCAGUUCGACCCAGAGAGGUACCGAGAUGACUUACAGAGUCUCGGGGACGCUGCAGCAAAUCCAGAUGCUUCCAAAAGAGAUCAGUUUACCUUCGGAGCAGGACGUCGUAUCUGCCCUGGAAUCCACGUCGCUGAGCGAAGUCUCUUCCUGGGCAUGUCUAGGAUGUUGUGGGCAUUUAACAUAGAGCCUGCACUUGACGAAGAGGGAAGGCCAAUUUUGCCGGACCCAGAUAAGUUGACACAGGGAUUUGUGUGUAUGCCAGAGGAGUUCCCAGCUAAAAUCACCCCGAGGUCUAAGGAGAGGGAGGCCAUGGUUAUUGAUGGUUGGAAGAAGGCUGAAGAAGAGUCACUUGAUCCAGAAACAAAGCAGUGGCGAUAA